UGCACGUUAGGUGUACCCAUACCGAGUCAAUUGGCCGCCGAUUUGAUUUUUGCCUGAUUUAGUGCUCAGUGCUCAAAGAACUUUCAACAAAUUUGCACGCUCGACAGGGGAUAGCACUGAGAAGAAUAAUGGGUUGUUGUUUGGCCACAAGUAAAUCUGUGGAUUUACCUCCAGUUCCCCCGGCAGCGGGCAAGCAGCGUUCCACGCUGCCGGAGUUCCCUGUGCCCACCACAUCUGCCCCAGCAAGAGGAGGAGGAGGACCCAUUGGCGUUACGAAUGCAGCUCUGGAGGAUGACUAGCUAGCCAAUUUUCAACUCAAUAAAAUGGAAUCGAUUACGUAGAAG